GUUUGUCGACGGUGGAGUGGCUGGCUGCCUUAUGUCCCAGGGUGCCCUCAUGUCUGUGUUAGCGUCUGGCUCUCCCUUUUAGUUAUGCUGUCAUAGCUAGUCUUGCCGGAGUCCCUGCUUGCACUCUGCAUGCAAAGUACAUCGUGCUUAACCAUUAGAGGACAAAAGCUUACCUAACAAUCUCUUCCUUUCUCUCCAUCUCUCUCUCUCCCUCACUCUCACGCUACUUCUGAGAUGCCAGUGAUGCCAGUGAUCCUGACCCCUUCUGCUCCUCCUCGCUGCCUGACCCAUCCUGAUGCCCUACUUCUGGUUGGAGUUCUCAUCGGGUGAGUUCGCUCGCUGCUGCUGGGGGUGGCCCCAUAUGGACUGCCUGAAGAACUGUUUGGAUUGCUGGGGAUGGCACCACCUGGGGGCUGUGGAGAUGGCUUGGGGAUCACAUAUGGGGAGCUGUACUGUAAUGGCUUGGGACUGCGAUUGCUGUAGUGGCUUUGGGGCUGCAGUUGCCACGAGCAGCUUCGUACUCAGGACUCCAUCAGUGGACAGUGGAUAGAUUUUAACCAGCCGGACUUCUUGCAAAAACUGUGAUGAAUUUAUUGGUUGCACAAUUGCACUAUUUGUCCAUAUAGUACACAAUAGAAGGGUUUUAUUUAUAAUCGUACUAUCCGUUGCACCCAGAUGAGGAUGGGUUCCCUUUUGAGCCUGGUUCCUCUCAAGGUUUCUUCCUCAUAUCAUCUCGGGGAUUUUUUCCUUGCCACCGUCGCCACUGGAUUGCUCAUUAGGGAUAAAUUCACAGUGAUAAAUUGAAAUAUUUACAAUAUAUUUUUGUGAAUCCAUUUAUUUCUGUAAAGCUGCUUUGUGACAAUGUCCAUUGUUAAAAGCGCUAUACAAAUAAAACUGAAUUGAAUUGAAUUGAAUUGAAUUGAAUCUUCCAGAGUUUCCAUUUUCCCUUUCUUAGAAGCAGGUUUAGUUGGGGUGUCGGGAAGAUGAGUUGAGCAAAGAGUAUCCAGAGUAUUUCCAAAACCGGGAUCAGUAACAGCAGGAAGUGUAUAUCUACAGAUACGUCCAUCAGACUUUUCACCCGUUCUUUACGUUUUUCAACACUUUUUGACAUAUUUAUUCCACAGUUACAUCCUUAAUAAAACACACAGCGGAUGUGUAAGGUAAAGAGUUGAAAGCAGACAGUUUACGGGAGUUAUAAUAUUUUUUGUCAGCAGAGCUACUAAAAGUUAUCUGAACAUGCCGCCAUCUUGGAGCCUCUAGCUCAAAUUUAAUCAUCUUCCCAAUGCAUUUUUUUCCGGGUCCUCCGUGAUCAAAAGGAAUCCGCCCAAUCUGGCGACACUGCACGUAGUUACCCCUGGCAACAGUUAAUCUCCUUGGAAACGGUAAACAGUUCUACAGACAGCUCAGCCUCUGUCUGUAGCCUCUGAGACUUUUACAGUCCAUACAUCUAAUUACAUAAAGGUAAUAGAAAUAAAAUGGUGGAGUUGUCAUCUCUCCGAAAUCUUCAGGCUCUGUCCGACUUGCUCUCUCUACCAGCCGAUGAAGAAAGCGACGCAGAAGACUGCAAGAAUGUAAAUCUGAUGGCAAACAUGGGUCCUGGGCACAUUGGUGCUUGUUCUUCUACUUCUAGGCAAGACAAGAAUGCAGUCAAUAGUGCCUAUGUGAAGAACACCAAAGACAUCUGGGAUGUAGAGGAGGUGACUGGAGGGACACACUUUGAUGACCUUGCAGAUCCACGUCCUCAGCCUGAGUAUGAGAUUAUCCUGAAGCAGAGUGUGGGUACUGAGGACUUGUUUCUGGGCAUGAGCCGAAAGGAUCCAUCCUCCAUGUGCUGUGAGAGCAUGCUAGUGAGGGUAAAGCUACCGGAAACUAAGGCUUCUGAUCUUGUGCUGGAUGUGAAGGAGAGAUUUGUUGACCUAAGAACUCCAAAAUACAAGCUAGGCCUGCAUCUGCCCCACUCAGUGCACAGUAAGGAAGGCACAGCCCGAUUCAUUACAGAGAGAUAUGAACUGGAAAUCACACUGCCCACGAACAGACCUAUGGACUCCAUCAACCUCACCUGAAGAGAAGGAAUGAAGAACUCAUGGGCUGCCUCUGAAGAAAAAGAACUGUCAUCAGUGGCUGGAAAAGGAAGACUUCAUAGAACAGAAACAUUUCAAGGAACAUCAAGCUAUGGAUUGUUUCCAAGUAUUUCGAGCCACAAUCAACUGUUUUGGGCUUGUACCAUAAACCCUCUUAACAUUUUAAAUAAAAUUUGCAAUUACUAUGUUUUUAAA